AUAAAGAUUGAGAAAUUCACCAAUCGAGCAUCUGGAACGACUCACAAUGUUGACAACGUGAGUGUAAAUAAAAACAGAGAUGGAUUUCUGUGAGAAAACCGUGGAAAAGGUCAUGAUCGAGUUGGAAGAGCAGCAAUUCUGGAAUAUGAUUGCCAUUCACACAUUUAAUCCUCAACUUCUCAAUAGAAGGAUUGUCGGUGGAGCGAUUCUGGGGACUUUUUCAUGGCCUCAGCAGGAAUAUAACCUUCAAAGUGCAAUCAAAACAAUCCAGAAGAACCAGAAACUGGGAGUGAUUGAGGAAUUCCUGCCUCUGGAGUCGACUAGAGUGAAAAUAUUGCUUCAAGAAGAUUGCCAAAGACUGACUUCAUGUGUAAUUAAGAUGAAACUCCUGCAAAAGAACCUCCAGAAUUCUCAGCUCUUCUUGAUUGUCUUUCUGGACGUUCCGAGUAAGAGAGUGUCAUUUUUCACUUAUCAGGAAGAGGAAGGAAAUCUUUUCCUCAAAUCCGGAUACUAUUUAGCAUACAAAAGCCCAGAAUUCGAGCUUGGAAGUUACUCAGGAGCUUCAGGAAAUAUUCUGGACGGCAAGAUUGACUGGCUGAAGCCCAUGUUCCCGAGAUUCCUGAAAUGGAUGACUUCAGAAGCUCCCAAAGGACAAUUCAACAUUCCAUCGCUGUCACUGGUGAACAUUGAGGAGUACAGCGUGAAGUACAGUCAAUUGAAGGAGAAAUACGGCGAGGAUUUGGUCAGAGACUGGCCUGAAGUUACAGAUCCGCAGAAAUUUGUCUUCGAAGACAUCGCAAUAGCCGCAUACCUCAUCACGCUGUGGCAGGAGGAGAGGAAGCUCAUGGGAAGCUCACAAUUCCAGUCAUUCGUCGAUGUGGGAUGUGGAAAUGGACUUCUGGUCUUCAUUUUGACAUCCGAAGGCUAUCCUGGGAUUGGAGUGGAUCUGAGGAAGAGGAAAAUCUGGGAUGUCUAUCCGGAGAGUGUGAAGUUGCUGGAGAAAACCAUCAAUCCAAUGGAAGAUGACGAAAUCCCACCGACAGACUGGAUUAUUGGCAAUCAUUCAGACGAAAUGUCGCCUUGGAUUCCAGUUCUAGCUGCCAAAAAUUCCCCCAAUUGUCGCUUCUUCCUCCUUCCGUGCUGCGCCUAUGAAUUCAACGGCAAUAAAUACCAGAGGAGGAAUUGCAAGAACUCCCUGUAUCACGAUUUCAUCAACUACGCAAUGGAGAUUUCAGAGAUUUGUGGCUUCUCAAUUGAACUCGAUCGUCUACGCAUUCCCAGCACCAAAAGAAUAUGCAUAAUCGGAAAGUCCAGAAGUGCGUUGAACAGAGAAUCUCUUGAGAGAUUUAUCGAGGAGAAAAGCAGUGCAAAGUUUCAAGCCAGAGAAGCUCUUGAGAAGGUCAGAAACUGCACUCAAGUGCCGAAGAACAUCACCAGUCAAAUUGUUGAGAUUGUCUUCAGUGAAUUGCUGAAAUGCGAUGAGAAAUUCAACACUGGAGAUGAUUGGAAUGCUGGAGGAAGCAUAGAUUUGCCAGAAAUUGUGCAGAAAAUCCCUCAGGAACUCCUGAAGGCUCUUAAGGAUGAAUGCGGCGGACUGCAGACGCUCUUGAGGAACAACAACCAGAUUUUUGAAGUCAUCAAAGGUCAGGUGCGAAUUCGCGAUCCGCGGAAGAUUUCGCAGCACGUGCCAAAGUCCAGGAAGCCAUUCAAGAGGAAGUUCAAAGAGAAAGAUUGCUGGUUUCACCAGAAUCACCCAAACGGCUGCCCUCUGUCGGAUCCGGACUGCUCCUUUCGCCACUCCGCGCCCGGAACCAAAUAAAAGGCAU